UUUUGGGCUAUUAAUUCAUGCUUUCUUAUGAAUUAGGUCCAGUUUAUCACUGCACCGAACUCUAUUGAAUUUCAUUGGCAGCAACAACAUCCUAAACUCCAGGGCACAAUCUCACAGACCCGAAGCUCCGAAUCGAAGGAGAAGAAGGUCCAUAUUGGUUUGAAUGGGGAGUGAGGACGAUGCGGUGAAAGAGGGUCUCAUAGUAGAUGCUCGGGCAAGAAAUAUCAGUCACAAUGUGAGGUGCACCGAGUGUGGGAGUCAGUCCAUUGAAGAUUCUCAAGCAGACAUUGCCAUUCUGCUCAGGAAGUUAAUCCGAGAUGAAAUUCGGUCUGGAAAGAGUGACAAGGAUAUCUACAAAAAGCUCGAGGAAGAUUUCGGUGAGACUGUACUCUAUACACCUAAGUUUGAUAUGCAGACAGCAGCUUUGUGGUUAUCACCGCUCCUAAUUGCAGGUGCAGCUGCUGGAGUAUGGGCUUACAAGAAGCAUAAACAGAAGACUAAUGUUCAUAUCAUGGCUCUGAACCUUGUUAGAGGUGUUCCAUUGACCCCAAGAGAGAAGGAAACAAUGCUUGAUAUUCUCACACCACCUCCAUCUCAAGGAGUUAGGACUUCCUACUGGUUGAGGAAAUUGCAAGGUCAAUGAUCUCAUUGGCUGUCAUGUCAGGGCUUUAACCUUGUGGGAAUUUCAGUUGUGGCUUAAAUGGACCACACGCAUAGUCAACUUGAAGAGAACCUUUGAUGUUUUUGACUAUUAGCUAUGUUCACUUUGAUGUUAAUCCACAAAUUCCCAAGCCUAGUAUUUUAGUUUUAUCUGCCAACGCCCUAGCUUAGUAAAGAUAUACAUGCUAAGAAUGUGUUUACUUAUAAUACAGAUUUCAUUUCUUUAUUUCCAUGCCAAUCCUUAAGAUAUACAUGCCAAGAAUAUGUGUACUUAUAAUACAGAUUUUAUUUUUUAAUGUCCAUGCCAAUCCUUAUUCUGGCUGGCAUUAAGAUA